CAUUAACCUUUCUUCUCUCUUUCUUGCUCUACAAGAAAGAAGAGCCUUCAAUUCAUAUUCACAGGAUUUUGUAAGUUCAAUGAUUUCUGAAUGAAGGCUCACCCCUACAUGAAGAGUGAUAUCAAAGAGUUGGAUAAGCUUUUUUUACUUAAUAUCUAGUCAAGAUGUGGGUCUAAAAGUUUAAUAUAACACUGUAUUUUUGUUGCUCCUCCUCCAACCGAAUGCUUACAAGCCUUUGAAAUGAGUAACAACAAAGAGACUAUCUUCCCCCUAACUUGUUUGCUUUUAAGGAAAAAUGGCAUCAACUUUGAUCUAUCGUGCUUCACGUAGGUUUCUCAAAUAUUCUUUCCCUUCUUCGGGCCUCUCCAUACAAUAUCAUUCCCCUUCCAUCUUCAGUCCUUUAAUCUACACUGGACCAUCUAUAAGCAUAAACCACAACUUCUAUCCUUCACUCUGUCUAUUUGGACAAUCCCACCAUCAGGAUUCUAAAUUUGAAGAUUUUAAAACUGUUCGAUCUCUCUCAAAUUUUCAGCUUGUUCAGCACAUCUCUACAUCACCUUCUUGUUUAAAAGAGGGGUCAAAGGGAAAUAAGAAUCAAAGUGGCAAUGUGAGUAAAGCAAAUAUCUCUUGGAUCGAUUUGUACUUGCCUAGGCAGGUUCAACCCUAUGCACAGCUUGCUCGCCUAGAUAGGCCCAUUGGGACAUGGUUGCUUCUAUGGCCUUGUAUGUGGUCAAUUAUGUUGGCUGCAACUCCAGGACAGCAGCCUGAUUUUAAAAUGUUGGCAUUGUUUGGAUGUGGGGCUUUGCUUUUGAGGGGUGCUGGGUGUACUAUUAAUGAUCUCCUUGAUCGUGACAUUGAUACAAAGGUAGAACGAACAAAGUCAAGGCCUAUGGCAAGUGGUCUUUUGACACCAUUUCAGGGACUUUGUUUUCUUGGUAUUCAGUUAACUUUGGGUCUUGGGAUUCUUCUGCAACUGAAUUAUUAUAGCCGUGUUCUAGGUGCCUCAUCCUUGUUGCUUGUCUUUUCUUAUCCCCUCAUGAAGAGGUUUACAUUUUGGCCCCAGGCCUAUCUCGGGUUGACCUUUAAUUGGGGCGCUUUGUUAGGAUGGGCAGCAAUUAGAGGAAGUCUAGAUCCAAGAAUAGUGCUACCUCUUUAUGCCUCUAGAGUUUUUUGGAUACUUGUUUAUGAUACAAUCUAUGCUCACCAGGAUAAAGAAGAUGAACUGAAAGUGGGAGUUAAGUCAACUGCUUUGCACUUUGGUGAUUCUACAAAGGAGUGGAUUACUGGGUUUGGGAUUGCAUGCCUUGGUGGUCUUAUCCUCAGUGGCUAUAAUGCUGAAAUAGGCUGGCCAUAUUAUGCAUUUCUGGCAGCUGCAUCUAGACAACUAGGCUGGCAAAUAUGGACAGUUGACCUCUCAUCACGUGCUGAUUGCAAUUACAAAUUUAAUUCAAACAAGUGGUUCGGAGCUAUCAUAUUUGGUGGAAUCCUAGCUGGAAAACUUGUAUAAUAGGGGUAGUUUAUCUGGUUGAGUAGUUUAUUCUUUUAUCUUAUAAUAACUUAUCAAAUUUGCAUGAGUUGUACCAAUUGUCAUGAGUCAUCAGUCAUCGCCUUAGGAUACUGUAUGAUUUUACUUCCUUACCACAUAUAACAAUUUUUUGCCUCCAAGAAAAAGUUAAUGUUCGUUUUAUUAUUUCUUUUGAACCAAGUGUUGUGAUUCUGAAAAACUAUCUGGAGUGUGCUCAAGGAAUGGAGCAGCUUUCCUCCAAUACACUAUCAUCAUUACU